UUCCUGCAGCUUUCCUCCAUCCCCAUAGCUCACCUUGGGAAGGAGCGGAGGGAGGCGGCCCUGCUUGCUCGGAGACCUGUGGUGCGGAGAGCUACGGAUCAGCCAAAGGGAUCCAACCCUGCUCCUUGUGACAGCCAUGAAGAGAAGCACCUUCCUCAUCCUCUCCCUCACAGGGUUCUACAGUGCCAUUCUCCACACAGCAGCAUGGUCCGUGAAUAACUUCCUGAUGACAGGGCCUAAGGCUUACCUGACGUACUCCAGCAGUGUGGCAGCCGGGGCACACAGUGGGAUGGAGGAGUGCAAGUUCCAGUUCGGGUGGGAGCGCUGGAACUGCCCCGAGAGCGCCCUGCAGCUCUCCACACACAACCGGCUCCGCAGCGCGACCCGGGAAACAUCCUUUGUGCACGCCAUCAGCUCUGCUGGUGUCAUGUACACCCUCACCAGGAACUGCAGCCUGGGGGACUUCGAGAGCUGCGGCUGUGACGACUCCAGGAACGGCCGUGUGGGUGGCCGAGGCUGGGUCUGGGGAGGAUGCAGCGACAACGUGGAGUUUGGGGAGAAGGUUUCCAAGCUCUUUGUGGAUGCCUUGGAAACAGGACACGACACUCGUGCGCUGAUCAACCUGCACAACAAUGAAGUCGGGAGACUUGCGGUGAAAGACACGAUGAAACGAGCCUGCAAGUGCCACGGGGUGUCGGGCAGCUGCAGCAUCCAGACCUGCUGGCUCCAGCUCGCCGAGUUCCGUGAGGUCGGGAACUACCUGAAGAUCAAAUACGACCAAGCCCACAAGCUGGAGAUGGACAAGCGGCGGGUGAGGGCCGGCAACAGCGCCGACAGCCGCGGCGCCACGGCACAGACCUUCCACCACGUCCACGCCACGGAGCUCGUCUUCCUGGAGGACUCCCCCGACUACUGCACAAGGAACGCCAGCCUGGGCCACCACGGCACCGAGGGCCGCGAGUGCCUGCAGACCGGCAAGAACCUCUCCCAGUGGGAGAAGAGGAGCUGCCGGCGGCUCUGCACCGAGUGCGGGCUCCGGGUGGAGGAGCGGAGGACGGAGGUGGUGUCCAGCUGCAACUGCAAGUUCCACUGGUGCUGCACCGUGCGCUGCGAGCAGUGCCGGACGCUGGUGGCCAAGCACUUCUGCACCCGCCGCGACAGCGCCGCCGCCCCCAACCACAUCAGGCAGAGGAACAGAGGCCACAAGAGAUAAGGGGCAGCCACGGCACCCCAGGGGGAUGCUUUGGGGCCCUCAUGUUGGGGAAGGAGCGUCCUGGGCUCUGCAGGGCUCAGCGGGCACUGUGCCAGGGGAUGGGGUCUCCUGCGGAUGGACACAGUGAGACCGGGAAGCACAAGGCAUGGGCGCUGAGGGGUCACGGUCCUUCCUGCUUCCAUGUUUUUUCCUCAAUAUUUACCAGUAGCUUCUUUCUUGUUGGGAGUCACUUUAUCUGUGAGACAGAGAGAAGAGUUUCACGUUUUAGGUGGGCCCAACCCCUUGUGCCCCUGCCAGCGGGUCUGCCAGUGCCAGCGGUGGGGCACCAGCCCUGCAGCCAGAGAGUUGGGAAUGGGAGCUGGGGCCAAAAGUGUGUCCAGCUGGGUGAUCCCAUCCCAGCAACCCCAGGUCCCAAAGCUGGGACAGCCCCGGGUCCCGGCCCUUCACGCACAGAGGCUGCUCAGCAGCAUUUCUAGAGGAAAACUUAUGCACUUUCUGAUGUGAGAGGAGGUUUGGCAGUGCUGUGGGGUGCAUUGCCACAACUGCAGCCUUUUGAGGGUUUUGAUAAGUUUACAGCCAGUGUUUACAGAUUUCCCUCCCCCCUCCUUCUUUUUUCCCCCCUCCUCCUGUUUGAAUUUUGUAUUUUGGCACAAGAAGCCCUACCCCCAAUAGAGAGUAGCUUCAUGUAUUUGUACUGGAUGACAUUAAGCAGUUUACAGUUCCUAUACUUUUUUUUUUUUAAUUAGCAGCUAAGAAUUCUGAAUUCUUUAUGCCUGGAUGUUGUUUAUUAAUAAGUUGUAUUAUUACUUAGCACAAUCUGUUUUCACUAUAUAUUUUGAAGGUAUCCCUUAAGAGUUAGAUUUUGGACUGUAUUUUGCAAUA